AUGACUUACGUUGUCACUGACUAUAAAUUUCAGCGACAGAUUCUGAGACUUCUCAACCUCGUCAGGCUAACACAGCAGCUACACACAGAUGUUCUUCAAGCAAUUCUUGAUCGCCACCUUAACGUUGAUACCGGCGUCAACCCUGGUGCUGCUGCCGCUGCCCUAAUUGAUGGUCCGUUUUCUACUCCUGAAGGUCUUGAAGAGUUCUGUGCUACGCUUGAGAGACCACAAAAAGCACGACUUGCUCGGGAGCUCUCUACGCUUGGAGGAGGAACAGUGGGACAAGCAACCAGGAACAUGCUGUCCUACCUAAUGACUGAUGACGUCGCAAAUCAAUACAGCUGGUUUGGCCAGAAAGGAAAGAAGAAGUUUGCUGCAUUGAACUUCACACGUGUUAUUCUCGACGCCCUCAGAAUGAACAAAGCGUUUACGUCAGCAUCUAUGAGUGAAGUGGAAAGUGCCGUGAAGUCAUGGCUGCGCCAUGCAAAAGAGAGGAUGACAGCACGGGAGAAGCUAGCAUCACGUUUAGAGGACAUUUCUACAUGAUCUCAUUCAUUUAAUUUAGUAUGCUUCAGUUCUGUGUGGUACGCUGUAUCAACUUAAGGGAGACAGGGCAGCUCACAUUUGCUGUGUACUUUCACACAUCGUCUGGGACGAUUACAUAAGGGCGUUUGGACUUUUUGCUCUCUUCGUGCCAAGUUAUCAACAAGGUUAGUAAAGUACAGGGUGAACUUAGCAAAGA